CCGUUGAUCGGAGUUCGUUGUUCCCCUUUGUUCUCUCUAUAAUCGCUCUACUCCCUCUGUUGUUGUUUCGAUCCCCUUCAAUAUCUUCUUGAACUUCAACACGCUAUCAUGUCCUCUACCGAAGAAAAGUUCGAAAUCGCCAAGAAGCAGAAGGAGACGGGGGAUCAGGCUUUCAAGGAGGGGAAAGCGAAAGAAGCUCUGACUUCGUAUCAUGGGGCUUUGAUGUACGCGCAGGGGCUGGACAAAAAUGCGUUCAAAUCUAUGGGGAUGACAGAGCCUGCUGAAGCUGGCAAAGAGAAAACCGAAGUGGAUGAGCUUCUAGAGAAGAUCUAUAACAAUAUGUCUGCAUGCUACAUGAAGAUUGGAAACUGGAAACGUACUCAGGAGACGGCGGAGAAGGUGCUGUCGAAGAAUGAAACGAAUUAUAAGGCCAUGUAUCGUAAAGCCAAAGCCUUAGCUGAACAAGGGUAUCUUGAGAGAGCGUACAAAUUAUUUUCCGAUCUGAUAACGAAGAAUCCUUCAGAGGCUACUCUGUAUGAACAGGAACUUGCUCGAUAUAAAGCGAUUGACGCUCAACGUGAAAAAGCCAACAAUGCAAAGCUGAAGGGUUUCCUGAACAAAGCGGAGAAAAAAGCCUCUGCCCAUGCUUGAGUUCACGACCUAUCAUUGCUUCAUCUGAUCUCAAUUCACCAAGCCAGUGUCUAUAUCUUCAUAUCUUAAUGCCGAACUGCGUAGGCUUAUUGUACAUAGAACUCGGAAAUAAAUGUAU